CACCAAAUUGACAUAAUUGAUAGUUUAAGUUAAUUGAAUCGGAUAAUCAGCCAAACAUCAUUGUGAAACUUUAAAUCCGCAAUCGCUAGAUCAGCUGACUGUAACGCACCGUAACGUUUCUCUCUUCGCAUUCUUUUGUAAACAAAGAUCUCUAAACAAAAAUCGGAGACCGCUCAAUCGUGAAAUCGUGUCCCAGUAAAUUGCGUAUUAAAGCAAUUAGAAACAACGCGAUGCUUUCGUUUUUUCGCAAGAAAACCUCUGAUGAUCUGGCCACCAAACCACCGAUCAGUGUGAACCAGCGAAACACAAGUACGGGAGAAGUGGUGCCGGGCCCCACACUUCAACAGCUCGGGUAUCGAAACGUUAACGAUCUGAAAGAGACCAUCUACGAUUUCCUGCGUACGAUCCGAGAUCCGGAAAAGCCAAGCACACUCGAAGACCUGCACGUAGUCUAUGAGGAAGGCAUCUUCAUUACCGAGCCAGGGCCAGGACAAGCGUUCGUGGUGCGAAUUGAGUUUAACCCGACCGUUCCGCACUGCUCUUUGGCCACACUCAUCGGCCUGUGCAUCAGAAUCAAGGUGCAACGUAGCCUGAAUCAUCACGUAAAGCUGGACAUCUAUAUCAAGAAAGGCGCACAUGCAACGGAGGACGAAAUCAACAAACAGAUCAACGAUAAAGAACGAAUAGCGGCAGCGAUGGAGAAUCCCAACCUCAGACAAUUGGUAGAAAACUGCAUAAAAGAGGAAGAUUGAAAGACUGAAGUGGACGGACUGGACAGCGGAAUGUUUUUAUGCAAUUAAGAUCAUCCGGGUGCUGGCGGGUAUAUUUGCCGUUCAUUAGUAGUUAUGUGCUGUAAAAAUAUAUAGCCUUCGUUAAAACUUUCCAAAA